AUGCCCAUGCCCGUACCAAACAACAAUCACAUGCCGUUGCUUCCAGCUCUCCAUGGUUCCCAAGAAAGCGUCACUUUGGCUCCAAUAUGGCCAGAAAAUGCCAAUCACGGCUUCCCGCGGGACAACUGGAGUGUCUCGCAUCAGGCAUCUGCACCGGCACCACAACAUAUGAGCCAGUCGCCCCAUGGCUCAGAGUUGCGGACCUUUCCCCUCCAAGAUGUUCAAGAGGCUUGUCUAUUGAAAUACUACGUCGAAGAGAUUGGUCACUGGCUCGACCUUGCCGAUGAAGACCGACACUUCCAAUUAGUCGUCCCUGUCCGAGCCCGAAGCCAACCUCACCUUUUGAACUCCAUCUUUGCCGUCGCUGCCCGUCAUCUCUGCCGCAUGCCCCAGUACAGGACCGCCCAAGGCAUCGAAUACAUGGGUCAACUGCUCCCCCAUCUCGACAAGCAUUCGGCUGUCGAGUACACUCUAAAGUGCAUACCUGCCCUGCGUAACUUCCACGAGGCGCAUGACGACGAGUAUCGUGAUAGUAUCAUUGCAACAGCUGUGAUCCUCCGUCAACUUGAAGAAAUUGAUGACGAGGAUGAUGGCUCGCAGCAUCCAGACCGUCUGUCGACUCUCGGUCCGCACUCAACGAGCGAGCAAAUCAACUUUCUCCCCAUCAUCGACUCGGUCCUUCGAAGCCCGCCCUCCCAGACACUUUUUGGACGGAGAAGCCUCAUUCGCGCCGCAUAUUGGAUGGCUUUGCGACAGGAGAUUUACCACUCUUUCACCAGACGCCAGGCACCCCAGCUGAUCUUGGCGUCGGAUUACUGGCCUACGGCCUCCAACGCUAACAAGGCAGUCAUGCAUACGGUGCAGGUGGUCCGAUGGCUGUGGGGGGAUGGUACCGAACAGGAAUGGAAACGGCUUGUGAAGCAGCAAGACCACGUCGAACAAGAUGUCCUGGAAAGUUUUCGACCAAUCUUUCGCAAGCAGCCUGACCGAACCAGAGGCGAAAUCUUCCCGACAGUCUGGUACGCCUCCAACAUCGAGGUGACGAGCAAUCAGCAGGCCAUGAUGGCCAAGUCUGUCCUCCUCGCCGAGAAUCCCGCUCUCAAAGGCCAGUCUGCCUCACGCUCGUCAGUCAGACAGGCUGAAAGCGAUGUGCGCGCCCUCAUUCUCGAACUCUGCGGUGCCGCCCUCUGUCCACCGGCAUCGCCUCCGGCCAUUCUCAACGCCGCCUUUGUCAUACAAAUGUACGGAGACUUUUUCACAGAUCCGUAUGAGCGCCAGGCCCUUGGUGUGAUUGUCGCAAAGUACCGCGCCACGAACGCUUGGCCUUCCCAGAAGCUCACCGAAAUGUUUGGAUGA